UUUUUUUUCCCUCUUGUUCAUUCAAUUACAUCUAAUCAACCAUGUCAAAUGACAUUGAAUUUACUCCGCUGGCAACAUCAGAACCCUUGGACGAUGAGCAGCCCAUCACUACCAAUACUAAACCAACAAUACCUCGCUUACGAAGACGUCCUACACUCUCCGCACGAAUAGAACAACUGACGGAUGUGGCCAUUUCUGGCCUGGGGCCUGUCCUCCUGGUUGUUGCAUUUCUAUUAUUAUCGAUUGUUAUCUUUUGCUUCUUCACUGUUGUAUUACCAUUCCACUAUACAUGGAAGAAAAACGAAGACGAAGAAGGAAGCAUAGGCAUUCUAGACAACCUUGCAUAUAUCCUCCACUUUGUCUGGUCUUGUUAUCUAGUCUGGGGAAUCGCUGCAAACUAUUACUAUGCAGUCCGGACACCACCAGGAAGUGUGCUUGACGGUAUCUCUAGUACUGGAGAUGUAAUGUUCCAAGAUGUCCUUCAACAGAUGGAGACUUAUACAGAGGCUCCGCCAACAUGCAAACGAUGCCUUCUUCCUAAACCUGAGCGUACACAUCACUGCAGUGUUUGCAAGCGCUGCGUUCUCAAGUAUGAUCAUCAUUGUCCUUGGAUUCAUAAUUGCGUCGGACACUUCAACCAUCGGUUUUUUCUCAUGUUCUUGACAUACCUGUCAAUCGCCUGUAUAUACUAUGUUAUCAUGGGCGCAGGACCAUUCAUGUUGGCAGCCGACAUGGACAGUAAUAACACAUGGCCUUACUGGCUAGAUCGAUCUAUUGUAGCGUUCGGAGAGGUAUUGGCGGUGGCGAUCGGUUUUGCUGUUGGAGGCAUGGCAUGCUGGCACUGGUACUUGGCAUUGACGGCGCAGACGACUUUGGAGCAAUAUAACAAUUCUUAUAUGAAAAAGAUCUGCAAGAAACGAGGCGAAAGUUUUUCCAAUAUGUAUGAUUUCGGUAUUGUGGGCAAUUUUCAGGAUCUGUUCAAUAUUGGACCUCGUGGUCAUUACCCAUGGUAUACAGCUCUACUCCCGCUUCCGAUCCCUCCCAUUGGUAAUGGCAAACGCUUUGAAAGAAGCGGGCGUGGAUAUAUCCUCGAUUUUGGUGAAGAUGAUGAGGAUAUGGUAUAAAAAAUAAAUAGAUAAAAACAAAAAUA